CACAUAUAGCAUUGUUGUAACAUCAGUCAGCACAGAUUCUUGACUUCUUUGAUUAAAUCAGCAAUCAAUUAAAAAGAGAUUAUAGUUAUUAUUUUUUAUUCGGUUUUAAAUUAAUAUUUGUAAUAUUUACGCUUUCGCACUCACAUGGCAAGCAAAAGCACAUUUAUACAACUAAUUGUAACUUAGUCUGUUAUCAGCACUUAAUCGUUCAACGUGCUCCAAUUUUACAAUUAUUUGAAAUGUUAACAGAAAUUUUGUUGUGUAUUUCUGCAGUGAUUUGCCUAUAUUUUUCCUAUCGUUAUGCUGUGGGUCGUCCGGAAGGAUUUCCACCGGGACCUCCCCGCAUACCGCUUUUCGGCAGUUAUUUAUUCAUGAUGUUGGCGAAUGCUAAAUAUUUACAUAAAGGAGUACUGAAAUUUAGCAAAUGGUAUAAAUCGGAUAUAGUGGGCUUUCAUGUUGGCAGCCUUCCAGUAGUGGCGGUGCAUAAUGCCGAAGGUGUCAAAGAAGUUUUGAAUAGAAAGGAAUUUGAUGGACGCUGUAAGCUAUAUAUCGGUGCAAUGCGAACGCCAAGUCAUGAAUUUUUUGGCAUUUUCUUUCGAGAUGGCCCCGUCUGGAAAGAACAACGUCGUUUUAUUUUACGUUUUCUUCGUGAUUUUGGGUUCGGACGCCGUUUUUCUGAGCUGGAGUUUGUCAUGCAAGAGCAAGUCACUGAUCUUUUGGAUCUUAUACGAAAUGGACCACGCUAUCCGCACGAGCAUGAGCUGUCCAAGCCUGGCGGCUAUAGAAUUUAUAUACCAAAUGUGCUAAGCCCCCUUGUAGCCAAUUCAUUCUUUCACAUUCUUCUGAAUGAGCGGCGCACACGCUCAGAGCAAGCAGUGUUGUUGCAUUUGGUCAAGAUGGGUAUGCAAUUUCAACGCAAAGCAGAUGAUUAUGGUAAAAUGUUGAGUAUUAUGCCAUGGAUACGUCAUGUCUUUCCGAAGGCAAGCUCUUACGAAGCGCUUAUGGAAGCAAAUGUUUUCGUGUACAAUCAUUUUGAGAAGAUCGUCGAUUACCACCUGCGUACCUAUGAUGAAUCAUUUGAGCGAAAUUUCGUUGAUUUGUAUAUUAAACAAAUGAAACUGGAAAAUGCUGAAGGACGCUCAGAUUGCUACAAUCGUGAGCAGUUCAUCAUGGAUUUGGUAGACUUUUCUUUCCCCACCUUCUCAGCUACCGGUGCACAAAUGGGAUUCCUCAUACAAUAUUUCUUGCACUAUCCAGAAGUAUUGAAACGCGUGCAAGCUGAAAUAGAUUCUGUGGUGGGAAGAGGACGACUACCAACGUUGGAAGAUCGGCAAUAUUUACAUUAUACUGAGGCUACGCUGCGCGAGGGUAUGCGCAUUGAAACUUUGGUGCCAUCUGAUUUCCCACACAGAGCACUAGAGGAAACUGAGUUGAUGGGAUUUAAAAUACCAAAGGAUACAGUUGUGAUACCGGGACUUUAUGCUUUUCAUUCGGAUCCACGCGUAUGGGGUGAUCCAGAAAAUUUCAGACCUGAGCGUUUCUUGGAUGACAAUGGGAAACUAUGUUUGAAAAAGGAUAUUACUAUGCCGUUUGGUGCUGGGAAGCGUCUUUGUGCCGGCGAAACUUUUGCUCGAAAUAUUAUGUUCCUAAUCGUGACAGCACUGUGCCAAAAUUUCAACUUUAUUUUGGCUCCUAGUGAUAAAUUGCCUGAUUUAUCAAAAAAUUUAAACGGUCUCUCUACAUCGCCACUAGACUUUUGGGUGCAAGUAGAGGAAAGAAAAUAGUGCUUUUUAAAUUAAAUGGAUUGAAUAGAUUUUGUUAUUGGCGUAUAUCUAUAUAUACAUAUAUACAUACAUGCAUAUACAUAUGCAUACUACAUUCAUGCUCCGUAUUUACUUAAU